AAGUCCCACAGCUCUCUCACAGUUGAGGACUUGGCUCAUAUGGGUUCAGUUGCCAAGUUGCUGUAACUUUCUCUGUUUCUUGAACGCAGUCAUGUCGAACAAUAGCGCGGCCAACAGCAGUUUAGUCAUCGCCCAGAAAGCAGUGAAGCAGCUGCGGCUGGAAGCUAGCGUCCGGCGGAUAAAGGUUUCUCAGGCAGCUACAGAACUGAAGACCUUCUGUUUGCAAAACGCUCACAAAGACCCUCUGCUGACCGGGGUUCCCUCCAGUGAUAACCCAUUCAGGCCUCCCAAGUCAUGUGUUCUGCUUUGAGGGCUACAAAGGGGUGCGGAACAACCAAACCGUUUCCUGUGGAUUUUCACAAAGUGUCACUGCCGUUGAAGAUAAAGAAGUCGACCCCACUGCUUGCAGCUGGUUUUCAGAGGGACUUUCUGACCACAAAAAAAUGUUGCAGUGAAGUGAAACAUAAUCCCCCAAAUUCUUUGCAUUUCCAAAGCUUUUCCAGAAUGAAUCUAAAGUUAAAUAUUGAAUGAGUAGGCUCUGCUCCUACUAGAGUCCAAGACAUAAAAUACAAUAUUUCAACAUGCUAGAAUUUUUUUUGUUCACUUUGUGCCAUUAUUGUUCAGCAACAGUUACUUUAGUAGCAUUUAAAGUACAGCAACAAAUGUUUCUUUUCCUAUUCAACGUUCUCAGUAAUUUAAUUCCACCUGUUAAUAAAAGAGUUUGACAUGCAUUUAGCUAAACAAAUGUUUUCUGAUCUAUUGUGAGCUUUACAGAUUUGUCUCUUCAUGGAAAGAGAUAUUUUGUUCACUAAUGUUCUGUUGUAUUUCAACUGCUUUUUAAACGGUUCUCUGCAAUUGUAACAUAUUCAUUCACUAACUUAUAAAGUGCUUUGAAACAUCCAAAAAAAAGGACCAAAACAAUAAAAUUGUUACAACAUUCACUAAGGUCACACAGAACAAAAUGUUAAUAAUGUUUCUACUGUCAACUAAGUAAUUUGUGUUUUUCAUCACAAAAUGUCAGAUUUCAGUUGUAAAUAUGACAUUGUCAUGUUUUCAGGUGCAAUGCCACCUGAUAACUUUGCACUUGAACAGCAGCUUCACAAUGAAACAGUCUGCUGGACGAUCAUUUUAUACACAUUUUUUUCAGCAGGAAAAUGGAAACUGGUCAGAGUUGGUGGGUGAUUGAAAUAGCUAAUUACAUUGAAAUGCUGGAAGAAAACCAACUGACACUGCAAGCUGCUUAACACCAGGCCAGAGAUUCAUCUUCCAGCAGAAAAACAACCCGAAAUAUACAGCCAGAGCUACAAUAAAACGGUUUAAAUCAAAGCAUAUCCAUGUAUUAGAAUUGGACAGUCAAAGACCAGACCUAAAUGCAAUUGUGAUUGUACCAAGACCUGAAUAUUGAUAUUUACAGACCUUCCACCUAACAUGACUGAGCUUGAAACAUUUUGCAUACAAUAAUUGUUAUCAAUUUCUGUCCCAGAUGUAUGAUGCUGGUACAGACAUACAAUAAAAGACUAUUUGCAGAAAAAUGCUGUUCUACAAAGUGUUGAGUUACAAAUAAAAAUGCACACCACGUU